AUGACCAUGCUGAUGGAAGCCUUCGUGUCCAUACAGCUGGAAAAAAUGGGUCUGCGUGACGAGAUGCUGAACUCGUAUCUGAAGAAGAAACGAGCCGUGGGGGGUCUCACACAAACCCCGGAGGAAGCAGCAGAGAUCAAAAGGAGCCUCAUAAUCGAAUUUCUCAAGAGGUUCAGCACACGGAUAUCUCAGUACUGUGUCAGAGCGCAGAUCGUUGAAUACUACUACAGUUUAACUUCUCUAUUGGACGACGUCCCCUCCGUCCGUCGGUCUCACUUCACGACGGAACAAACCAGCGCAUCCAAAGUUACAGUGGAUUCAGGGGUUGACCUUUCUCCUGACCCGAGGUUUCAGCGUCGGCAGCAGCAGCAGCAGUUGUUGUUGUCUGCAGACGGAAAAACUCUCCUGAACCUGUGGGUCAUCCCUCAUUUCUCUGAGGUGCUGCACAUGUUCAAAACGCUGGAGAUUUCGGCCUGUGCUGCUGCUCUCCAUCACACCCUGCUCAUAGUCUCAGCUCUUCAUGACAUCGUUUGUUACCUGGUGAGUUUCUCCAGACUCGGGAACACAGAAGACUCGUGGAGCCGUAGGAAGAUGCAAGAGGCUCCAGGCUCACGUCUCGUGGCCGACUGGGGCGGAGCUGAAGGCAUCGGAGCAGAGCUGCAGGAGAUCCAGCGUCAGGUCGAGCGUCUGUCUGAUCCCAGCAGCCCCGAGUCAGUGGGUCGUCUGCUGCAGCUUCGCAGGCAGGUUCUCCUCCUGCAGUUUGACACGGCAGUCAGACACCUCAUCAGGGAGGCGUUCCUCUCAGCUGGUGACAUGACCUCUUACCAGAGUGUGAGCGACAACAUGAUGACUGCUCUUCCUCUGUUGAGUGACGGAAUCCAGACCGACGUGUUCAGCAUCACGCUGCCUGUUCCUCCACCUCUAGAGACCCGAGGCUGUCGGGCUCAGAGGAUGUUCCCCUGGAGAAGUUUCAUAGCCUGUCAUGGAUUGUUCCCUCUACAUGUUUGGGACGUACCACCCAUCGAGUACUGCAUGCAGCUGUGUCUCAGUGGACUGAGGGACUGCAGCAGACUGCAGACCAAUGCGGCGAUCCUCGGCGUGUCUCUGCUCAUGGAGGACGUCCUGAACAGCGGAGGAGACUCAGAGCCCGUCCGUCUCCAUGGCAACAAAGAUGACCUUCUGCACGAUGGAAAACCUAAUGAAGUAAAAAUCUGUUUAUAAGACAAAAGCUGCUCUGAAGUGGAAGAGAAGAACUCCACUCCUCCUCCUCCUCCUCAGGAUCCGCUCCGAGUGCAGCGUGUGCUGAAAGGUUUCCUCCUGCUGACCAAGCAGCUGCAGGUCUUUAAGGAGAGCUGGGCUCGAAGACGUCUGGGGGCCGAGAUAUUCAGUUCACACGCUUCGUAUCAGCAGUUUGUCAACCUCUACAGAGCUGAAAUCUUUCACCCCAGUAUGAAAGCUCUGGCUCGACAAAUGGGUAAAGAGCGUGACUACGAGCUCCUCAUCUCUGGCAGCCGGGCUCUCCUGCCCCCUGCUGGAGCUUCAGAGACUGACGUGAAAACCUGGCAGCUUCACACCCUGCUGGAGAUCACCGAGUGUGACAUGAUCAGGGCCGUGCAGAGGAGGCUCCACAGGGAGCUGACCCUGGUGCUGUCGGAGCGGACCCGUCAGGACACGUGUCUCCCUACAGAGCUGUGGAAAAAAGGCUCACUGAAGCACAACGUGUCCCCCGAGCGGCCGCAGAUCGUGGAGGCCUUCGUGGAGCAGCUGAUGGAAGGAGCUGAGCAGCUGGAUGGACGGCUGACGCUCUCCCAGGAUCAUCUCCGGCUGUGCUCCACUCACCUCGGCUCCUCUCUGAUGGAGCGAGAGCGCCGCAGCUUCCUGCUUUACUCACACUUCUAUGAGCAAAUUCUGCAGCAGCAGACUCAGCUGCUGCACCAGAAAGAACAAGAUUUAAAGAAUCUUAAAGACUCUCAGACGUGUAACAUUUACCAAGAGGUGUCGGUUUCAUGUCGCGGGAUGAUGCUGGAGAUCUCAGCUCUACAGGCUCGAGUCGCUCACCUCCAAGAAGACAAGCGUUCUCUGGAAGAACGACUCAGUCUGAAGUUUAAAGAGCGCUACGACCCGUUGGUCCGACAUCUCUUCUCUACCUGCCUCCAGCUCAAGGUCAGACUGGAUGAGCGCCAGUGGCAGGUGGAGCAGGAUGUGAGUGUGAUGGUGAACAGAAUCCGAGCGGAGGGAGUCGACAGAAUCAUCAAACUCAAAAAGAAAUGCGGCUGCACCACAGACAACGAUGGACUCGCCCUCACACAGUUAAAGAAGGAAGAAGUCCACGAGCUGAGCCUGGAGAACAGUCAGUUGACGGCUCUGCUCUGUAAAGUGACGGCUCUGAGUCGAUGGCGGCAGGUGGUCGACCAGGGGAAACUUCACCGGCGGCUGCUUCAGACUCAGCAGAGUGAAAUCUCCAGUCGCACCGAGGCGCUCAGAGUGAAGAUGGUUGCUGAGGAGGAGGUGAUUCUCCUGCAGGAGGAGCUGGACGCCGCCCGACAGAUGUUGACCAGCUGCCAGGCCGAGUGCAGCCGAAACAAGAGGCUGCUCGGCAGGAAGACGGAGGAGCUGCAGGAGGCCCGGCAUCAGUCUGCACGGGAGGCUCGCAGCAGACAGGAGCUGGAGACGUAUCGAGUGCAGAGGCUGGAGGAGAUGAGAGCGGAUGUGGAGGACAGAGACGGGCAGCUCAGAGAUCUCAGCCAGCAGCUGGACAGAGGAGGCAGGAUGAGCCAGAUCCAGAGACAACGCAGCGCCAGAGAGAUCCGACAGGUGAAGGAGCAGCUUCACCAGGAGCGCUGCAUCAAACAAGAAGCUUUCCAGCAGGUGGAGAAGCUGAAGCACCAGGUGAACGACGGGGGGGCAGCUUUCUCCAGGCGCACCUCUACAGCAGGGCGAAGCAGGACGUGCUUCACGCUGUCAGUCAGCAGGUUGAGCUCGAGAAGUCCCUCAGCAGGUCUGCACAGGGUCAGUCGGCAGCAGUCGGCCCUGCAGCCCGGCAGCUUCACCAACCCUGCCGUGCUUCAGGACUCUGCCACCAGACACCAGAGAGCGGACACAGCCUGGAGCCGUUCUAACACGAGAAUAGACAGAGCCACAGCAGAUCCGUCUCGCCUGCGCGUCCUGACUGCAGACACGUUGCUACCAGAGCUGUGA